AUGACAGCAGUGUACGUGAAUGGAGGCGGCCUGGGGACCCCCCACUAUGCCAGGUGGGAUCGACGGGACAGCGUGGAAAGUGGCGGUCAGACAGAGUGCAACCAGGAGGAAGAGGAGGCGGGGCAGGCGCGCCAGCUGACCCCCUUUGAGAAGCUGACCCAGGACAUGUCCCAAGAUGAGAAGGUGGUGAGAGAGAUCACGCUGGGGAAGCGGGUCGGCUUCUACCGAAUCCGGGGCGAAAUCGGCAGCGGCAACUUUUCCCAAGUCAAGCUUGGGAUUCACUCCCUAACCAAAGAAAAGGUGGCCAUUAAGAUCCUGGACAAGACCAAGUUAGACCAGAAAACCCAGCGGCUCUUGUCCCGUGAGAUCUCCAGCAUGGAAAAGCUGCACCACCCCAACAUCAUCCGCCUUUAUGAAGUGGUGGAGACGCUCUCCAAGCUCCACUUGGUGAUGGAGUAUGCAGGGGGUGGGGAGCUCUUUGGGAAAAUCAGCACCGAAGGGAAGCUCUCCGAACCGGAAAGCAAGCUCAUCUUCUCCCAGAUUGUGUCUGCCGUGAAGCACAUGCACGAAAACCAAAUUAUCCACAGAGACCUGAAAGCAGAGAACGUAUUCUACACCAGUACCACCUGCGUGAAGGUGGGUGAUUUCGGCUUCAGCACAGUGAGCAAAAAAGGGGAGAUGCUGAACACCUUCUGCGGGUCGCCGCCCUAUGCGGCGCCCGAGCUCUUCCGCGACGAGCACUACGUGGGCGUGUCUGUGGACAUCUGGGCCUUGGGGGUGCUCCUGUACUUCAUGGUCACGGGCACCAUGCCCUUCCGGGCGGAGACUGUGGCCAAACUGAAGAGGAGCAUCCUGGAGGGCGCGUACAGCACGCCCGCACACGUGUCGGAGCCCUGCCUCCGGCUCAUCCAGGGCGUCCUGCGGCCCGGACCCGCCGAGCGCCUGGGGAUCGACUCUAUCAUGAGCCACGAGUGGCUGCAAGGGGUGCCGUACCCCACGCCUCUGGAGCCUUUCCGGCUGGACCCCAGACAUUUGUCGGAAACCAGCGCCCUCCGAGAAGAAGAGCACGAGGUCAAGAGCACGUUGGAGCAUUUGGGUAUCACGGAGGAACAUAUUCGAAACAACCAAGGACGAGACGCACGGAGCUCCGUCACCGGCGUGUACCGCAUCAUUUUGCAUCGGGUCCAGAGGAAGAAGGCUCUGGAAAGUGUCCCUGUCAUGACGCUACCAGGCCCUCAAGACAGGGACUUAAAGAAAGGGUCCCGUGUCUACAGGGGCAUACGACACACGUCCAAAUUUUGUUCAAUUUUAUAA